AUGUACAGGACAGUACGGUACUUUACAACCUAAGCCAGGUGGUUUCUAGCCUCACCAUCUCAGACCCAAUAGAUGAGCCUCUCCCAUUACAUUAUUCUCUUUCUGUCACCUGGUCUGGAUCUCUUUGAGAGAUUUUUAUGGUUCUUAUUCUACCCAGCAAUUCCAUCAAGCUGGUGAACCUGUGUUCCAUCUUCAUAAGCACAUGGCUAACAGCUGCCGGAUUCAUACAUUUGGUAAGUGGCCGGGCGGGGGGGUUGUGCUACGGGGGAGUAAGGGAGGUGAGAACUCCUAACGCUUGGUCCGAAAACAACCUCUAGCCCCUCCCUUCCCCCUGGAUGUGUGGCAGAUCUGAAGUGCUGAAGGGUCCCUGACCAACCCCUACCCCCUACCCCCCAGGGACUCCUGUAAGUCCGAAACGAUCGGAUAGGUAAGCAAUACGGAACAAAAUAUAUACAGUUGUGGGCACUAAAACAUUUUUUGUUUUUUUUUACCCUGCACUGCGGUACAGGUUUUUUGUGACAAACUAUCGCUGGGAUACCCUAGAGCGCCGUGUUGCACACCCAUUGCGGCAAUAGUUCUGUCAGUACCAAAAUACAACAUGUUCAGUGCCCGCAACUGUACAAAAAUUCCCAGCCUUUCUGAAGGCAAGGUGAAGCAGAAAAUUACCAUAUUGCUUAAACCUAUCCGAUCAGAUCAGAUCCACAGCAGGGCCUAGGGGGUUGCGGCCAGGGCUUGAUUUGGGAAUCAGCAUGUUAGUUAAAAAGGCUAGGUAGGCGCCGUCUUUGUAUAGCCCCCACCUACCCAGUUCAGAUGUGCUGCCACCCGAGGGGAGGGGGCUAGGGAUUGCCUUCGGACCGGCCAAUAGAGGGUGUUUCCAUGUGAUGAUGAAGAGUUAGGGGCGCUUUAAUCAAUCAGUAGAACUACAGAUCAAUGUCUGUCCUUUUUAUCAGUGAAAUGACAGGUCAAUCAAUCAACAAUGUCUGUCCUUUUUUCAGUUUUUCUCUUAUUUCUUACACACAGCUGGCUCAAGUUGUCAGUACAUUUAUGUCAAUGGCUCAACCAACAGUACAAUAACACACCAACUAAUAAGGCAUUAGAACAUGCAGGAGGAUACCUCUAACCUCCUGACACUAGAUGGCAGCAUCAGCUUAAUAUUAAGGUUCCAGAAAUGCUGUUUUGUCUGAUCAGAGUGAAAGCACGUCAGUUGAGCAGGGCCAGAUUCAAUCAAACUUGUGUUGAGAAGGUUAUAUGCAGGGCCUUUGUUUGCAAACUGCUGCCCGAAGUGUCAGAACCAUGUCGUGUUCAGUUCAGUUCACUUGUUUCCGAACUGGAGGCACUAACCAGUGGAGGAGGUACUUAGUAGUGUUACAGCAUCCUCAACCACGCCGGAAAUGCAUUAGUCCACGGGAAGACAUGUUUGUUGGCUACUGUGUAAACUCUGCAAUGCUGGCUUGAUUGACUCUUAAGACCAUGUUGAUGGUAAGACAAACCUAGAGAACCUGCAUGCAUAGAAUAUAUAGAAGCUGCUUCAGAGGUUUUGAUCAAAAUCCUUCCAAUGUUUUUUGUUAAGACUGACAUUCUACCCUGUUCAAAUCUCCUUCCCGCUCCUGUUUUUAGGUGGAAAACUCAGGGGAUCCUUGGGAAAACUUCCAAAAUUCCCAGUCACUUUCCUAUUGGGAAUGUGUCUACUUGCUCAUGGUCACUAUGUCAACAGUGGGCUACGGGGAUGUCUAUGCAAAAACCACCUUAGGACGCCUGUUCAUGGUCUUCUUCAUCCUCGGGGGUUUG